GAAGCAAUUAUGUAGAAUUACUCAGAUCGUACCAUGAAGCUGCUACUAUUCAAAAUCCAGAUCAGAACUGAACAAUAAAUAUUAAUUAUACUCCCUAGCACGUAGUAGUACUUACUCAGCGAUGUACUCCAUGAACAAACACGAACGAUUAUCUUCAGUGUUGUGUGAAUAUCUAAAAAAGUAUUAUAGCAAUAUAGAUUGGGUAUCUCUGGCAGCUCAAGGAGAUGUUUGUUUCUAAAUGGUAUCUUUGUAUGUUGCCCAUUGCCCCGCUUCAUUGAUGAUUAAUCCAAGGAAAUUAAGCACUUUUCCGUACUUUGUUUAUUUGUUACCUCAUUUAUAUGUUGUAUUAAAUUUGACUUUUACCACUACCAAAACUGUUUCUAGGUCAAAUUAUCUUCCAACGUUGAAUAAGUUCCCUACUACUUCCAAAGAUGGAUCAUCCAGAAAAUAUAGUAACACAACUUAUCCAUGAAGAGCACAGAUCGAAAUGGGUAGCACGUAGCAAUCAUAAUGUGAAAUGUUUUACAGAAGAUGAGAUAAAAAGAUUUACUGACAACUAUAAGACUUUACUUGGUAGAGGUGCCUUUGGAGAAGUUUAUCAAGGAGUCCUUGAGGACAAAAGUAUGAUUGCUGUCAAGAGGUUUAUCUACAAUGUAAGAGAAAGUUUUGCCAAAGAGUUGAUCGUCCACCGUGAAAUCAAUCACAAGAAUGUAGUCAGAUUAGUCGGCUACUGUGUAGAUGAAAAUGCCCUAAUGGUGGUCACGGAGUAUAUUCCUAAAGGAAAUCUGAGUAACAUUCUUCACCAUGAUAAUAUUCCUAUCGCUUUGGAUAUACGGCUAAGAAUUGCCAUUGAAUGCGCUGAAGCAUUGGCCUAUAUGCACUCACAAAUGUAUACCCAGGUCAUUCAUGGUGAUAUCAAGCCUGCUAAUAUACUUCUGGAUGAUGAACUCAGAUCAAAAAUAUCAGACUUUGGAAUAUCAAGACUAGUCAACACUGAAAAGACUCUAUAUACUCUAAAUGUGAUAGGAAGUAUAGGCUACAUGGACCCUCUGUUUGCUCAGAAUGGUCGCCUCACAGCAAAGAGUGAUGUUUAUAGUUUUGGAGUUGUGCUCCUGGAACUGAUAACCAGAAAAAAAGCAAGAACAGAGGAUGGGGAGAUUGGCUUGGUGGAAAGUUUUAUUCGAUCUCUUUCAAAAGAGUUUAGGAGGGUGAGGGAAAUGUUUGAUUUUACAAUUGCAACAUCGAGCGACAUGAAGACUAUCGAUGAGAUUGCCAAGUUGGCAGGUAAAUGCUUGAGUAUGGAACAGGACAAACGCCCUGAGAUGUUAGAGGUUGCAGAACAUCUUCGCAAACUUAGAAAAGCUCCACACCAGGUACAAGAAAGACUAGCACUAUUUUCUUGGGGAAGGGAAGAUAAACUAGCUUCAGCCGAAACACAGCAACUAGACAUUCAUAAAAAAAUACAACCACUAGAAAGCAGCAGCAGUACCCGAAAUGUGGGAAAUUUUAUCAUUUGGCCAACAGUGAAAGGCCAAGUUUUUGAGCUGGACGAGUUGCUUCGGGCAUCAACUGAAGUGCUGGGCAAGGGUACAGUAGGGCUAACAUACAAAGCGACAUUUUAUAGUGGAUAUGAGCUGGUGGUCAAGAGGCUGAAAGAUGUGGACUUAGGGGAGGCGAUCUUUGAGCGGCUUGUCACACUGCUUGGCGCUAUCCAGAACAAACACAUAGUGCCACUGCUGUGGUAUUACUGUGACAAGGAUGAGAAGUUGCUGGUGUAUAAUGUCAUCCCCAUGGGUAGCCUAGCAAAAGUGCUCCACGGUGACCGAGGUUCUGGCCCAGCUCCACUGGACUGGGAGCAGCGGUUGGCUAUCUCACUAGCUGCUGCGCAUGGUGUGCAGGCUAUCCACUUAGCUGGACCAACGAGCUGCCAUGGCAACAUCAAGUCUUCCAACAUCCUGCUCACCGGUACCCACGACGCAUGUGUGUCGGAGCAUGGCCUGAUAACACUUGGCAUGUAUUCCAAUGCCCCCGGCUACCGUGCACCUGAGGUCACCCGCAAUAGGUGGGUCUCCCAGGAAUCUGACGUGUACAGCUUCGGCAUCCUACUGCUGGAGCUUCUCACCCGCAAGUCUCCACUGGAGAAGAGAUUUCAGAAUGGCGGGGGAGUAGAUUUGCCACGCUGGGUGUGUUCCAUUAUACCUGAGGAGUGGACGGCGGAGGUAUUCGACGUGGAGCUCCUAGCACGGGGGCAGAAGGAUGGGAAAGAGGAGUGCAUGGUGCGACUUAUGCAGCUCGGGCUAAAGUGUUGCAGUCAAGAUGUUGACUCGAGGCCUACAAUGUCUGAUGUCGUGCAGCGGAUUGAGGAGAUUGGACAGUCCUAAUUGCUGACAAAGAACCUCACACAUCAUAGUGAGUGAAAGUUGCUAGGUCACAGUUGCAUUCAAAUGUCAUAUAUUUUCAGUACCCCCUUUCAACUGGUUAUCCCAGAGAACGAUAAAUAAAUUUUGACGAUAAAGUUAUCUCAGAGAACUACUAUCCUGAAAAAGGCUUUCACUGCUAGUUUGUAAAUUGUGAUCAAUCACUUGUCCUACAUGUUAUUGGCAUAUAUACCCUGCACUUUUCCAAAUAAAAAUAAAAAUUGGCAUAUAUACUCUGCACUUUUCCAAAUUAAACGUUGGGUUCAUGAUUCUACCAGGUAAGCUGCAAUUCGUAGAUAUAUGUGAAGACUAAAAACCUGCUAUAUGCUUUCGUUACAAAAUUAUGGCCAAGGAAGAAAAACUAAUGAAAAGAUGCAUCAUGUUUGCUUUUAGACUCAUAUUUCCGGAAAAGAGACUGUCCCAUUCUUCUCCGUGUCCAAUUACAAUUACAAUAAAAAUGAGUACCGAUUUGUUUCAGUCAUUCAACAUAAAUAAAUCAUAAAUUCUACGCCAAGAAUUACAGUGUU